AUGAAGAUUGCUCAGUGUAUCGCUGUUCUAGCCAUGGCCGCUGCUAGCCUGGCAACCCCCACUCCUGCCAAACGUGAAGCUAGUGUUGACAUCGAAAGCUAUCCUUACGACUUUGGGUUCCUAGAGGAGAAGAGAGCACCAGCUGCGGAAAAACGCGCCGUUGAUAUUGAGUCUUACCCUUAUGACUUUGGCUUCUUGAGCGAAGAGAAACGUGAUACCACGGAGAAGCGAAAUGUUGAUAUUGAGUCUUAUCCCUAUGACUUUGGGUUCUUGGCCGACGAGGAGUAA